AUGGUUAACACUCGCAGUUUAAUCGCUACUUCAAAAGCAAGAAAUGAGACAUCUCGCCCGUCUAGCCCAGUAUUUUCUUUAGAAUCCAAUCCGCAUAGUGAUAUGAAUGUACUACUCAAAGUUGCUAACACUGCGAAGAAAUUUGCUAUUUCGACCUCAAAACUAUCAUCUGCCAGAGAAAAUGAACAAAGUGGUAUAAAGCCAGCAUCUAAAGUAUGGAAAUAUUUUAAUCGUGUUGAAAAUGAGACUUCGUUACAAGCCGAAUGUAUUAUUUGUAAACAACGUUUAAAAACGCCGAAUUACAGCACAUCACUGUUUAAACAUUUACUAAAACAUGGUAUUGAAUAUGAAAAAGGCGGUAUGCUAUGUACAAGAACUUCAGCAAUGUCAAAAGAACAGAAAAGAAAAUUGGAUGAUCUAGCCAUUAAAGCAAUAGUGCAGGAUGGCCGAUCGUUUGGUGACCUCCGAAAACUUGGAAUUUCAAAGUUUAUUCAACAAUGCGCACCAACUCAUAAACUCCAUCUCGUUGUCUGUAAUUGUCUUGGUACAUGGAUUAAAACGAAGGACAACUAUGCUUCUAUUCAAGAAGAAGAGCAAAGUGAUGACGAAGACCGUCUAAGUCAAUCUGUUAAACGCAUUGAUAUUGAAUCAGGUGAAGAAAGUGGAAUUGAAGAGUCCGAGGAGGCAUAUAAAGGUUGGAAAGUCUUAACCAUGAUUUAUGUACUCAUACUAAGAAAAGUCUUGAUUUUGAUCAAAUCAGACAUUGAUAGAGAAAAAGCUUGA